AUCACAGCCGUCCAGGAAAUCCCUAUCCGGCUUUUGGUCUACACACGUGCGUCUUCCCGAAAGUUGGACAAGAGUCCUGUAGUCCUGUGCUGCUGUACUUUCCCGUCGCGUCUCUGACAUGGAGGAAGUGCUGUCCUUCUGGGAUGUGGCCAUUGAUUUCUCUCCAGAAGAGUGGGAGUGGCUGGAGCCUGCUCAGAAGACCUUGUACAAGGAUGUGAUCUUGGAAAUUUACAGCAACCUUGUGUUCCUGGGUCUUGCUGUGUCUAAGCCACAGCUGGUGACAUUUCUGGAGCAAGGACAAGGGCCUUUGGGUGUGCUGAGUCAAGCAGCAAGCCCUGUGCACCCAGGAAUUACACUCAGUGAUCAUAACUAUUAUAGCAAGGCCAUUGAUGAUAAAUCACUCCUUGUUCAAGGCCAGAGAAUUCAUAAAGGGAAGAAACCCUACAAGUGUGAAGAAUGUGGAAAGGUCCUUAGUUCUCAUAAAACACUUUCUAUACACCAGAAACUUCAUACUGGAGAAAAACCCUAUGAAUGUAAAGAAUGUCACAAGGCCUUUAGUACUCGCUCAUCACUUUGUACACAUGCAAAAAAUCAUACUGAUGAAAAAACCUACAAGUGUGAAGAAUGUGGUAGAUCAUUUUAUUAUCUUUCAGCGCUGAAGAAACAUGAAAGAAUUCAUUCUGGAGAGAAACCCUACAAGUGUGAAGAAUGUGGAAAGUCUCUUAGUUCUCUUUCAACCCUUUCUAUGCACCAGAGACUUCAUACUGGAGAAAAACCCUAUAAGUGUAAAGAAUGUGAUAAGGCCUUUAGUACUAGUUCAUCACUUUGUAUACAUGAGAAAAACCAUACUGGUAAAAAAACAUACAAGUGUGAAGACUGUGGCAGAUCAUUUUACUAUCCUUCAAUGCUGAAGCAACAUCAAAGAAUUCAUUCUGGAGAAAAACCCUACAAGUGUGAGGCUUGUGGCAGAUCAUUUUACUAUCCUUCAAUGCUGAAGCAACAUCAAAGAAUUCAUUCCGGAGAGAAACCCUAUAAAUGUGAAAUAUGUGACAAAGCUUUCUUCUCUGCUUUAAUACUUAAUGAACAUAAAGGAAUUCAUACUGGAGAGAAACCCUACAAGUGUGAAGAAUGUGGCAAAUCAUUUUACUAUCAUUCAGUGCUGAAGCAACAUCAAAGAAUUCAUUCUGAAGACAAUCCCUACAAAUGUGAAGAAUGUGGCAAAAAAUUUUUCUGUUCUCAACACCUUCAGGAACAUCAAAUAGUUCAUACUGGAGAGAAACCAUACCAGUGUGAAGAAUGUCAUAAAUCCUAUCGUAAUUAUACAACCCUUAAGAAACACAAGAUAGUUCAUAUAGGAGGAAAACCCUACAAGUGUGAUAAGUGUGGCAAAUGUUUUUCCACAUCUUCAUCCAUUCGAAGGCAUAAAAAAACAGUUCACUGAAAAUAAAUACAUAAAUAAAUAAAUGCCCUUCCACUGUGGAGAAUGAGGAAAGGUCUUUUUAAUCUUCAAAGUCUUACCCAACAGAAGGUAGUUCAGGUCAUACUGAAGAGAAAUCCAACAAAGGUCUUAAAAAGUUUACAGUUCUUCAACCUUUAGAAGACAUCAGUUGAUACAUUCAGAAUACAAGCUGCAUGAGUCUAUGGAAUGUGGCAAAAUCUUUCCUAGACAAGUCAGAUCUUAUCCUACUCAGAUGAAUCCAUUCUGAAGACUAUUAAGUUAAUAACCUUGGAAUGUCUAUACAAACAUCUGACUUCCACCAGCACAAAUGCUAAGAAUGACAUCAGAGAACAGUAGAGACUUCUCUUGCCUGUAACCUCCCCAAACUGUGUUCAAGCAAAGUGUUUGAUGAGUUUCUUUCCUGUGUAACUGUAAAUGUUGAUGACACUGUUACCAUGUUAUAACUUGGUCUUUGGGUGCCCUGAAUCUGGGAUCUGGGCUGAGGUAUACUCACUCUGUUCCCAGUAGGGUCACCCAAGCUCCUGUAAGAUACCUACCUUGAGUGUGUAAGAAGCUCCAUAAGCCCACACUUCUCACCAAGUUGGACUUUGGUGAAAUGGUCUACAUUGGUACCAGUCUGGGGUGAGUGGGCAUUGGUGUUUGCCUCCCCAGGAAAAGGGAACAGAACACAUUGUCAGUCAUAUUUGGUUUAGAAUAAAGAAAUCCUUUAUUUCCUUUAA